UUUUCUUAUGGGGCUUCUAAAACCCUGAAUAAAAGGAUUCAAAGAUAAAAUCGGAGGUGGGAAAUUUCACAGCAAUGGCUUCAGCUACCGACGGCGGCGGUGCCGGCGACGGCAGUGGUGGAGGCAAUGUAAAUUUGUCUCCUCUUCUGCGUACGUUAGCCAAAGGGGCAGCUGUAACCCUAGGUGGGAUCUUCUCCAUCACCAUGAUCUCCUCCACUGCAAUUACAUUAUUCACACAGCACAAAAAGGAUAAAAUUGGAUCAUCAUCAUCAUCUAUGAAGAAAAAGAAUGCAAGAUCAUGUGAUGUAUGCAGAGAGAAAGGGUUUUACAUUUGUAAAUUGUGCAAUGGAAAUGGUACAAUUGAGUGGUCUCCAUUGUAUGAUCCUCUCUUCAUAAAUCCAUGUCUUUGCCCUACUUGUGAUGGACACAGGAUUCAACGAUGUCUUAAUUGUUUGGGGAGUGGAUACAUUCAACAAGCCAAAGGCUGAUGCGUUUGUGUUUUUGUCGAACCCAUCGUCAAUUUGCCCACACCUCGACUAAUCUCAUGCGACUAUGAAGUUAACAGUCUGGUAAAACCCUUAGUGACCUUGACGGAACUCGAAAUGGUGGCCUCUGAAGAGUAAACCAACGUCUUACCAGUUGAGGUACCCCUGAAAGCUUUGUAUACGUCAUGAAAUAAACAUCGAGUAUAUGUUGUUUAGGAUUUGUCAAUCGUGUUUCAAUACCAGAUAAGUGUUGAAUGCUAAUACGACAAAAUGCUCCAUGAAUUUUGGAUUUUUCUUUUUUAUUGAGGAAUUGUAUUAGCCGUUCAACUUUCAUUUUCAGUUCAUAAUAAAUCUUU